UUGAAGCAAACGAAACAUUCGGUCACUUGUUGUCAAUUUAACUCAACGGCUGAUAAACUAUUGGCCACUUAUAACGACGAAGACAUCUAUACGUUUGAUCCGAAAACUGGUUUAUCUGAGACGCGAUACAGUGGGCACCGAAAUAACGCAACGGUUAAGGGCUGCGCCUGGUUUGGGGACCAGUAUAUUGUCAGUGGCAGUGAUGAUGGUUAUGUCUACGGUUGGGACUCACAGACGCAGCACAUCGUUAUGUCUCUAUACGCCGAUGAGAACGGAGUUGUGAACUGUAUAGAGCCUCACCCGACGGCUCCCAUUAUGGCCACAUCGGGUCUGGACGAUGACGUGAAGGUAUGGGUGCCGUCAGCUAACGAGUGGCCGCAGACAAUGAAAGGCAUAAAACAGGUUUAG